UUCAAAUGGCGCCACUAUUAUUGUCAAUCGAAUUAACGCACACGCAUCUUAAAAUGGAGUAGCAGGUCAGGUCUGGAUUCGAGUUGUUGCAGAGAGAAAUGGCGCGAAGGAAUCACGGCAGCAACAGCACCACCACCACCACCAACAACAGCAACGAAUGGACGUCGAGCUUUCUGUCAAUGGGGGAGCGGCUAUGUGCGGCUUUCAUACCGUUUAUUGCGUUAAUUGAAGUACUCAUAUUCGCUAUGGCCGAUUGCUUCGAUUGCCACCCCAACAACAAGAAGCCUUCAUAUAGAUAUCAUGACCUUGCUCGCCUCGCAAAGAAUACACCAUUUACCGUGAACGAAGUGGAGGCCUUGCACGAGCUGUUCAAGAAGCUCAGUAGCUCCAUUAUUGACGAUGGCUUAAUACACAAGGAAGAGCUGCAGUUGGCAUUAUUCAAGACUCCAUCUGGUGAAAAUCUUUUUUUGGAUAGGGUUUUUGAUCUUUUUGAUGAAAAGAGAAAUGGUGUUAUUGAAUUUGAAGAGUUUGUCCAUGCACUCACUGUCUUCCAUCCUUAUGCUCCUUUGGAGGACAAAAUUGAUUUUGCAUUUCGGCUGUAUGAUCUAAGACAGACUGGGUUUAUCGAGAGGGAAGAAGUUAAGCAAAUGGUUAUUGCUAUUUUGAUGGAAUCAGAAAUGAAUCUGUCAGAUGAUCUUCUUGAAGUUAUUAUUGACAAGACAUUUGAAGAUGCUGAUACAGACAUGGAUGGAAAAAUUAACAGAGAAGAAUGGAAGGCUUUUGUUCUUCGACACCCCAACCUUUUGAACAAUAUGACACUACCUUAUUUGAGGGACAUCACUACAGUGUUUCCAAGUUUUGUUUUCAACACAGAGGUUGAGGACAACACCUGAAUAUAGAACAAACAAGCACAAGACAUCAAGAGAGACCAUCAAGGGGUGUUUGAAAGCUUCAGUUCGUGUCACUUCUCCAGGCCAUCAACAAAGUUGGGUCUUCUAUCUGUUUUGAAGCUAUACCUCGCAUCAUCCGUGCGGCUGGUAAGGAUACUCGUUCUGCCAAAGCUCAUGACAGACCAUAAUUGCUGCUGCAUUCGGUUGCCAUUGAACAUGAGUGUGUUGAUGUAAAUCCUUCAUAAUUUAUACUUGCACAGCGAACGGAAAAUUAAUUGUAUUGAUUAAGAUUGUCGGCAGAGGUACUCUGUGUUCCAGUUGUCUGUAAUUUUUAUUCUGUUUUUUCUCUUUGUAGCCCGAUAUAGUCUCCUUUAAGGAUCAUCCCUGGUUAAGCUUCCAAAA